AUGUACUUUAUGAAAAGAGCCAAAAGGGAAGGAGGAGGGGAGGUAGAGGGGAGGUAGAGGAGGGGCAGAGGAGAGGCAGAGGGGAGGCGGUCCAGGUGAGCGUCACUGUGAGCUGACUUUGUCUUCAGUCUUUCUUCAGCUAGGCAAGCAGAGGACCAGCAGAGACCGUCUGAUCUAAUCCUGCAGAGACCAGGACUGAGAGAUGAUCCCAGAACAGGUCAGACACAGACAGAGAGACCAUCUGUUUUUCUUUUACCGAUUUUGUUUUCUUAAAAAACUUUAUUUUGAAAAAGAAACAGAUUGGCUGUAUGUUUGAACGUAGCUGCUGUUCUAGUUUGAGGUUCACUUUUUUAAGGCUUUAUGCUCUGGGUUUGAUGUUUAUUCAUCUUGAACUGUCCUCAUUGGUCACUUAUGUUUUUCUGCUUCAUUUUAAUAUCAGUUGAUGGCUGUUUUGUUCUUCUUCUGUCAGAUUAUUUUCUCUACAGCAGGGGUUGUAAUCUUUCUGUUUUUAACCUCCUUAAAUUUUCUGAAAGAUUUUUUAAUACUGCUUUAAAAUCUGUGAACUGUUUUCUUAUUCUUUAAACUCUACAAAUGAAAAAGGCUUAUUCUACUCCUCUCAAACAUAGUAAAAUAGGGUGACACCUGAGUUUAUCUGCUGUAUAACACCAAACCUCCUUCACUUUUAGAGUGAUUCUAAAGUUUAUCAUCUUGCUUCCAUAUCAGUUUUAAAACAACAUACUCAGGUUAUAUUCUGCUUUUUUAUUCUAUUUAUAAAAAGAGACAAAUGAUGAUAAUUGUCUGUAGUUGCUCUAAUAUUUGUUCCAUUCAUCAGAUUUAGAAUAGUUUGUAGUUGCAGCUUUAGUAUUUCACUGUUUAUGAUGAAAGACAACUUUAAACCUUGUUUUUUCUGCAUCUUAUUGGUGUUUAUUGGUUAUAAAGUAAUACAUCUUUGUCUCUACUGUGUUUAAAGUAGAAGCCGAACAGUCCUCCUAUUAGAAACUAGUCAUUUAUUAAUUUUAAAAUGACUAAAUGUGGCUCUUUACAUGGACCAAUCUCAUUAUGGUGACUUUUUUUUUGCCUUAAAUUGGAGUUUAAUCAAUCCUAAAUGUGACUAUUGGUCUUCGAACUCAACCCCCUUUUAAACCACAUAAAUGGCUGUGUUAGUACAGGUCACUAGUGAAAGGCAUUCUGGGAGGAUGGUGGGGAUUUUGGGAGAUUAUUGGCUUAGCGAGACAGAACAAAAGUGCAGGACAGCGAAAACACAACUGAGCAGAAAAAGAGCGUCCGGUCGGAUCAGAGAGGAGGGAGGCUGCAGGAGGAGGAGGAGGAGGAGGAGGAGGGCUUUGUACAUCCUGAACCAUCCUGAAAACUGAACAGAAGUGAGGUUUAUUAACAAAUCGACAGAUUAGAGCAACAUCUGUUCUUUCUUUCUGCAACAUCUGUUUCAUGAGGUGAAGGAGAAUCUCUGUCAGAACUUUUUUUCUGUUGAAUAAGAGCAUCUAAAUCCACCAGAUUGCCUGAAAUAUUAGUUCUCCUUUUCUGAGGCCUCAGGUUUAUGUUCAAAUAAAAAUGUCAAAUAAAGUUUAUUAUUGAGCAAAUGUGUUUUAUCUCUGUCAUCUACAACAUUUCGAUAAAAAAACUUAACUAAAAUCUAUAAAUCAACCAAUGUGAGAAAGGCCAUCUGAGAACAGCAUACAGACUUAAAGAUGGAUGUAGAAGAGGAAGAUGUGGAAUUAAUAGAUGUCAUGACUAUCAUAUAAAAGUCUUAAUAGAAGGUAUGAGAUACAGUUUGAAGAAAGUAAGUCAUUCCUUAAUUGAAAGAAAUCACUUAAUAAAAUAAAAAGCCAAAAAAAUGACUUGAGAUUAAGAAGUCAUAACUAAGGGAUAGCAAGUCAUGAUUUCUAGAUUAUAAAUCAAAAGUUUUGAACUCAGGUCAAACCUCCUCAGGGCUCGAUCCUUAGACCACUAUUGUUCAUUUGUGCAUGCCGAUUGGAGCACAGCAGAUUGUCUAGUAUUUAAAAUGAUGUUUACACAUCAAGUUAUAUUUGAUGCCGUUUCUAGAGCUUUUAAAUCACAGACCAGUGUAGCUCAAAAACACAAGUCCAUCAGCCCCUGAGGUUCUGUAAGAGGUUAAAAUAACUUAAGAAUAAAAGAACUGAAGUCAUGAGACUUCAUGAGACAUCUGACCCCAGGUAUGUUUGCCUCCAGAAAAUGGUUUACAUGCAAUUGUUGACCAAGAUUUUUUGUCAGUUCUUUUGUUUAUUUGUUGAGUACAUAAAUAACCCCUUAAGAAUGAAACCUAUCAACGAUUUGACCUGUUCUCUAGCGCCACCAAUAGGCCAAACUUUAAAAGUAGAACUAAUGUAUCUUGAAAAGUUUUCAUACAAAUCUUCUCGAAUUUACUGACAACCUUUAUGACCACAAGAGGAUGAACCCCACUGGUUUCGGUGAUGAUAUGACCUUUCCUGUAGCGCCACCAUCAGGUUAAACUUUCAGUUUUUAGAGUUAGUGUAUCUUGGAAAUCUUUCAUCCAACAUUUUUCUGAUUUUGGGGUGCACAUUCAUGACUCUCAUAAAAUGAACCAUAUUGAUUAUUUUGCAUUAACUACCCAUGUUCUUGAGGGAAUACCCCACCCUCCACAGCUCAGGAAAUACAGUAUCAGUCCUAUACUUCGACAUGUGUGAGUACAGUAGGUCACUCAUACACACACUCACACACCUUCAUGCCCAUGGUGCAGGAAAGUUCUCAUGAGAAUAUUUUUCCUCCUCUCCCAUGUCACAGUAGCACCAAAAAUGGAAAAUUAUGGUCCCUCUACUGACGUCAACAACAAUGCAGACGUGCUGCUAUGAGCGUGUCUCACCAGACACACAGUCCCCCAUGUUGAAGACGUUCAUUAUUCAAGCUCUGCGUAUAACCAUCAAUUGAAAAUAUUGUAUUGAGAUGAUCAUUUAGGAGGUAUUUGUAGUUGAAAAGACUUGAGUGUGAUCAACUUGCAAGCCUACAGUGGCUUCCUCAUUUUGGCAGGAGCUUACAAGUCAAGUUGUUUCCCACAUGUCCGCACCACGAGAAGUAUCAAAGUUCUAGAGGGAAUAGCUGUUUUCUCCACCUCCCUGUUAUGUAUCAACUCAAAAGUAUCAACUCUGCACCUGUAGGUAUGGGAAUGUUUUACACAGGCAAGUUUUACACAGCCAAAACAGCUUGGGGUCAAAUCAACCCCAGAGGAACACCAAUGCGUGCAAUAUGUGUACAGCACAUUAAAAAAAAAAAUAUCAUCAUGAUAAUUUUAUGCUAAAUCAGUUGUCCCCAUCAAAUUAGGAAAAGUCAUAAAAUAUGAAGCAAAAAAAACAAAAGUCAACUAUUAUUUUUUAAAUGAUGAACACUGAAUGGGGUCAAAUUGACCCCAAGGAUAAUAGGAGGGUUAAAAGUCCAGUGACUGUUCUUUAAAUAUGACAUAUGCUGAUGUUUCUCUCCCAUCAGAUGGCAGACGACUGAGAUCACAACGAAUGGCUUCCACAGGAAGUGGCUUCCGUAAGUCUCAGAUGUUUACUUUUAUAUUUUUCACCUGACACAGACCGAAAUUUUCAAAGUUUAAAAUCCUGAUCGAUAACCUGCAGUUCGAACUUUGAACUCAGUGGAAAUUAAUUACUGACUUGAUAGACAUAUAAACUUCACUAUAAGUUGCUAUGGUACUGACAUAAGAACCAAAUGAAUAUGAACUUUUAGUGCAGAUUCUCAGGGCUGCACUUAUAAACAGAAGUCACCUUACACUGUGCAUUUUUGUGUGGAAGACAGCAGAUAAAAAUAUGAAUUUUUUUGUCAAAUUCCAGCUUUUUUACACCAACAUAACUGCUGCCACACUGCAAACAUUUCACAGCUUGCUCCAAUAUUGUACCAUUCAAACUGGAUGUAAAUUCUGAGCAGACAUAUUGGCCUGUUACACUUCAUCUUUAUAAUAGCUUAGUCAUUCACUGUGCAGGGAUCCAGGGGGACGAUAACCUCCAGUCCAUGCUGGUGGGGACUGUGAUGAGGAAGGUCAAGUCUCGUACCUGGAAGAAACAGCGCUACUUCAAACUCCAGGAUGACUGCAUGACCAUCUGGUACCAGUCCAAAAAAGCAGGAAAUGCCUACUCCACAUGUAAGAUCACAAGACAUGGAGACAACACAGGAAAUUGUAUAAUAACACAGGAGUAGAUCAAUGUAAUAGAUGAGAUUUGAUUAGAUGGAAUUAUGUAGGUAAUAAUGAUAAUAACAAUAGAUGUUGUCCCUGUUUUCUAAUACCCUUCCAGUGGAAACAACACCACAUCAUGACCUACAAGACGCUCUUGCACCACAGCAAAUACAAACAAGUGAACUGAUGCAUGAGUCAAAUUAAAGAAAGCAGGAUCAGAUGCAUUUAUUCUUACCUUUUUAAUGGAGAAAGUAAGAUGAGUGCCUAAAAUGGAGAAAACACAAUGCUAUAGUCAAAAUGAGCGAACACAGUUGGAGGAGCUUAGUGCAGAGCAAGGGUGAGCAAAUACUAAAGUAUAGUGCACUGAUAGUUUAUCUUUAAAUAGAGAAAACACGUUUUAGUGUUUACAUAGGUGUUUUCAUUUUUUUAAUGGAGAAAACAUGAUGUCGAGCAGUGAUAGCGCCACAGAGAUUCAGAAAAUAAGAAGCAGAGCUCUGUAAGAUGCUUGAAAUUGAGACCAAUUGAGAAACCAACAUGUAGUCCAUUCUCAGAUACCCAACAACUGGAGAAAACAUAAUAAAUGUACUUGAUGCAUAACUUUUGGUUUGAGAAAAAACAGGACACUUUUGGAUAGUGUACCUUAGAUUGGAAAAUGAAAUUGGCUUCAAAAUUCGUAUAAUAACACAAUGCAGAACCAAGUUGUUCAUAUUCUAUACAGUCUACAGUAGGGACAAGGCAUGAACCAAAUUGAACCAGAGUUUAUUUCAUUAUACAUGGUCUUUGAUCAGAGGAAACACAACAGCUAGUGGGAUCUUUGAUAGGAGAAAACCAAAAUAAAAACCUUAAAUUAGAGAAAACAGGAUUUAGUUAAGAAUAAUACAUGCCCAAUAAUUCACUGGGCUAACACACAGCUUAGUUUUAGCUAAGAUGACCCUAGAUUGAAGGGAGCAGGUUUUACUUACUUUAUGCAUACCCAUUAAAUGGAGAAAACACACAAUGAUUUUAGCUAGUUUGACCUUCAACUGGAAAAAAUAUAAGGUUUAAUGUUAUUACCUGUGACCCUAAAGUUAAAAAAAAAAAUCUAGUUCCAGCAAGUUGGUACUUAGAUUGUUAAAAACAGGAUUUAUUUUAUUAAAACUUACCUUAGAAUGGAGAGAAUUGGCUGAACCACCCAUAUCAUGACCUUAUAUUAGAGAAACCCAAAUCCACACCAUGAACAGUUGCCUUUGAAAUGAAGAAAGAGAGAUGAGGUAGAUUAAGAAAAGGAGAAAAUAUUAAAUAUGGUGCAUUGUUUAAAUGGGCACCCUUUAGUGGAGAAAACAAUUCAUUUGUUUUGCAAUGGUUAAACCAUAUCUGAAGUACUACUUUUUGCAUGCAGCUCCCCUCUAUCUCAGACUUUGAGUUUUAGAUGAUUUCUGGCUGUUCUUACCAACAUAUGGAUCGGUUUCAUUCCUACCAGUUCACCCCCUUCGCUUUUAGUUUCAGUAGGUGAUGUGGAGGCUAUACGAGAAGGUCAUCAGUCUGAGGUCCUGCUCACUAUCGCUGACGAGUUUCCCGCUGAACGAUGCUUCACGGUGGUUUUCCGUGGACGCCGGGGAAACCUGGACUUGGUGGCUGAGUCUGCUGAGGAAGCACAGACCUGGAUCACGGGCAUGAAGAAGCUGAUCGAGAGCCUAGAGAACAUGGGGGAGCGAGAAAAACUGGACCAGUAUCUUUAACCUUGUGUUUUACCUAUUUACUUUAUUUACAUAGUAGCGUUCUCCUCUAAGCUCAAAGGCUGUUUUAGAGUUAUUCUGUAGUUCCUGGUCGAUUAUCAUAUAAUCCAGUCCUGAACAUCCUGACACCGAGGCUUGGCCUUCAUCAAGAAGGAUAAAAUUGUAAUAUGUCUGUGAAAUAACAAAAUCAGCCUUGAAAUGAGUGGAAAUUAUUGGUAAGCCAUAGACCAUGUGGAUAAUACUUUUUUCUAACUUAACCCAGUUAAGAUCAGAUGGAGUCCAAAGAGCUUAAGAGUGGUUUGUGAAGGAUUUCUGGAUAACAAAGUUAUUCAAAGUUGGAACAUUUGUAAAAGUUAAAUGUCAGGACAAAUGCGUCCAGAGUGAUUUAUAAGCCCAACAUUUUAUUUUAACGCGGGAAUAGACAGAACUUGUGUGGUUCAGGGAGACUGUGAGUGAUAGACUGUGUCAAUGAUAGUUUUUAAAGUGGAACUUUCCUUUAAUGGUGAAUUCAGAUGGAUUGGUGACUGGUUCAAGAAGGCGGACAAGAACAACGACGGCCGGAUGAACUUCAAGGAAGUGCGAGAUUUACUUAAGAUGAUGAACGUAGACAUGAAUGAGCACCACGCCCAUCAACUCUUCACAGUGAGAGCUUUUAGUCUGACCUUUGAUUGUUAAUGUGAUUUAAGUAUUCGCCACUUUUCUAUCACCAGUUUGAGGGUCAAAAACCAUGCUCCUGGUUCUUCUUUAGACAGCGGAUAAGUCAGAGUCAGGUACGCUGGAGGACGACGAGUUUGUGCUCUUCUACAAGAUGCUGACCCAGAGGGAGGAUGUGCUGACAGUUUUCCAAAAGUUCUCCUCAGAUGGCCAAAAGUUAUCCCAGAGUGACUUAGAGGACUUCCUGAGAGAGGAGCAGCUAGAGGACAACAACAUUCAACAGUAUGCCAAGCAUCUUAUCGAGUGUUAUGAGCCGUCUGAUGCAGGUACGGUGAUGGUGAACCACCUGUCUCUUUGUAUUCAAUGUGGACCCCGGCCUAAGAUGUGUGAUGUUCCUGACUAUUCUGCUGUUUUCCAGCAAAGCUGAUGAACGCCAUGACAUUCGAUGGCUUUUUGAUGUACCUCGGCUCAUCCGAGGGCUCCAUCUUCAACCCACAGCGGCGAGGCGUCUUCAUGGACAUGAGCCAGCCUCUCUGCCAUUACUUCAUCUCCUCCUCCCACAACACUUACCUGAUGGAGGACCAGCUUCGAGGACAGAGCAGUGUGGAGGGAUACAUCCGGUAAGACUGCUGCCUUCACUCUACUCAGGUUUGAUCAUAUGGAGAGCUGACUUUGCCCAUCCUUCAGCUUGGUCUAUACCUCUGCGGCAACUCUAGCUGUGCUGUAAUGGUGGAUGCCAUUGUGAGCACGUUGGGGUGUCCAAGUCACUCUGCAAUAAAAAUGCUAAUUAAUGCUAGUUGUUAGUACUAUGCCCAUAUUUGUUGUAUUUCCAUUCCCAGUUUCACUAUGUUUGUGCACAUGAAACCAUGGCGACUGAAUCUAAGGGUAUAAUAUCGAAGAAGGAGCUGAUAUCUGUUGUGCAGCAGUUGAUCAUGCUGGAAUUAUUGCCAUGAAGGGAACAGGGAGAUUGAGUUGGACCAUGUGGCUGCUGAGGACAGAGACCGGUGGUGAUACUGGAAAUGUCCACUGCUAAGUUUGUCUCAAUGUAAAGUUAAACUUUUGCACAAAAAUCCAUGGAUGUUGGUUUCAGGUUACCUUAGGGGUAAGGCUAAGAGUAGAAACCAUAGGGGGUACGCUGUUUGAGCCGAGCGUCAUCACAGCAACUGUUGGUGACUCUCCCACCAAAUGCCUGCAAGGCUGCUGCGUAAGUGGUGGUUCCAAGAAGUGGAGAAAAUCACGUAAAUACCGUGAGCAAUUUGGCUUCAAAUUCGUAUAAUGACAGAAGGCGGAACCAAGUUGUCCAUAGUAUAUACAGUCUAUGGUAGGGACAAGGAGUCCCUACGAGGGACUUGUGAUCAGUACGUUGGGUGGUGGACAUUCCAGUAACACUACCAUCCACUGCUGUCCAACAGUGGACGGUAGUGUUGUAUCGGGACAAUUAGGGGUGUCCCGAUACAACUUUUUUACUUCUGAUACGAUACCGAUAUUGUAUCUUUCUGUAUUCAGUAUUGAUCCGUUUUUAACACAAACUUGCACAUGACAAGUUUUACACUCAGCUGCAACGUCUUUUUCGGGCUUUAAUGUAAAUAACUGCCACACAGCCGACAUCACUCCUACUCUUUUCUACUUUGUUAGGACUUUAGUACUCACUGUUGUUGUGAUCACUUGGGCUCCAUACGCUGGAUCCAGGUGCUGCUAGAUAGAGAUGCUAGAACAGAGUCUAGAAUGGACUGCUUGAGUGCUGAUAUUGGAGAUUUAAGAUCCAAGCCGACAAAAUCUGAUAUUUGUGUUUUUGCUCGGAUCGGGACACCCCUACCUACAAACCAGUCCCCAUGACUUCCUGUGCCUAAACCAGGAUGAAAUAUGUAGCGCUUACAAUGGUGUUGUCCACCUGGUAUAGAUACGUGACUAGGUCAGUGCAGAAGCUUAAACCAGAAUUAGAGACAUUAGAAGCAAUAUUUAAAUCUUGACUUGAGCAUGAUUUAGACUGGUUUCUAGUUGUCAACUGCACAUAAACUUGUGCAAACCCGCCUGGAAAUCGUAGAGCUAAGAUACUUUCAUGAGUGCAAACAGGACUACAAUUUUUCCAAAGGUACUGACCUCUUCAACUGUCUCUGACCCUUUUAUCUCAUCAUAUUUAAAGUAAACUAGGAUUUUCACAUAAAUCCAGAUUUAGGAAGAGAUUUAAGGGUAUCAGGGAUGUCCUCAGAGGAAAUUCUUCUCCCCUAUUGUGUUCUCGUUGAUGCUCCAUUGAGCCUCUCAGUGGUGAUGAGUUUCCCCAGAAAGCUCUGAAUUAAUCGUCCAAUGAUAAUCAGAGAGCAAAAUGUACUCAUCCGGUUCGUAAGGUGGAAAUCCUGGCUUCUCUCCGGGUGAUGACUUCUUAUUUUAAAUCAAAUUUAUUAACAUAAAUAUCAAUCCCAUAAGACCUCAUUAACCUUGUCGUUAUGCUCCUACCUCUCUGUGACCCUGAGCCAAAUCAUCAGAAAAAGGUUUGUGUGUUUGUGCUCAGGGCUCUGAGUCGAGGCUGCCGCUGUGUGGAGGUGGACUGCUGGGACGGUGCGAACGGAGAGCCCAUCGUGUAUCACGGACACACCUUUACCUCCAAGAUACUCUUCAAGGAUGUGGUCAAUGCUGUGGGAAACUAUGCCUUCAAGGUAGCAUCACCUGACCCAAACAAGGCCAGCCAACUCAGGGCAACUCAGGUCAUGAUGAAGAGCCAAAAAGUUUAAGACUGUGUUAAUGUCAUGGAAUGCGAUAUAGGCAGACUGUUUCAAUGGAGAGAACUACAUUUUUCUGUCUUGACUUUAGAGCGGAGGUGAAUAAGUCAUACCGACAACCGACCACUCCAAAGACCAGAAACCAUGCAGACAUACCUAACUAAAUUUGAUGUAUUUUGUCUAAGUCAUCUGAUUUUUGAUAAUUUGGGACAAAAACUUGACUCUAGAAGUAAACAUCCAACCACUACAGCCUCUCAAAGUCAGCUCAGAUCUCACUUAACGUGUCCAGAAGCCGUCAGUAAGCUUUGACCCAUUUGAGGAACUGCAAAUGGUUUGUUGCUUUUGGAUGAGCCCAUCAUUCAAGUUUGUAACUUUUGAUUUUUACCCUCACAGUCAAUAGAAAGAACAAUCACAUUGACUAAAUUUAGCUUCCUUAAUGUCCCGUUGACUCCUUGGGCUGUCACUGAAGUUGUUUCUUGCUUUUAUCAUCCUGUGAUGCUGUAUCAACAAACCGCUUAGCAUCUCAUUCUUUAUUUAUGAGGGAGUACAACCACGCAACAAUAUCCAGGACAUCAUCCAAGACCCUGAUAAAGAGAGACGGUCAGGGAUCAGCCAGCCUCAUGCCAACGCUAACAGCUGCCAGGUUCAGGUGUUUGUCAGAGUGUGCCAUGUAUGAGCAUCUGUCUGCAGCUUAGUAUUAUUCCCUCAUGACCCCGUGUCCAUCCAUCUGCUGCUCUGUCAGCCAGCUGAGCACAACCCACAGGUGUAUGCAGCAGGUGUAUUAGCUUUCCCCUGUGAUAAUGCUCCACAGUGUUGGAUUACAGACUCCCCUCUCUCUCUCUCCCUCCCCUCUGUCCAGGUAUCAGAGUAUCCGGUCAUCCUCUCCAUCGAGAACCACUGCAGCAUCGAGCAGCAGAAAGUCAUGGCCCAACACCUCAACCACAUCCUGGGUGACAAACUGCUGAAAAGCACACUGGAUGGGAAGGCUCCCGUCGGGCUGCCAUCUCCUGAGGUGAACAGCGAUCUGGUGUCCUUAAACCACCUGCUGCUCAGAUCCUUAAAGAAAAUCUAGCUUUAAAGCUGAAUCCACCUCUGUCGGACUUUUGAGCAUCCCACCAUUAGACUAUAUUUGUUGACCACAUAACUACACUACAUUUCAUCAGUGAAAGUAUGAUUUUGACAAGAUUUUUACUAUUACGUGCAGUAUUAUCAUGUGUAAAAUAUUGUAGAAUCCUAUCUUGCACAAAAAAGUAUAUUUUCUGCUGGAGACAUGUUUUAAACUUGAGGGAAUAAGUUAUUAUCUUUUUUUUUUUUUUAAUUCUUUAUUUUGGGGAUUUGGCGAGCAGAUCACAUCACAUAGCAUAGAAAAGGCUGACAACUAAAUUACCUCUGCAGUCCUUGAUUUUUGGAUAAACCUAUAAACAAGGUGGGAGGAAGAGUAUGUAUACUCCGGAGUGGUGGGAGUAAAAAAAGAAAAAGAAAAGUGAUUUGGGCAGAGACAAAAAAACUCACUGAUCAGCAGCACUCGCAAUAAAAAAAUGAAAAGACAAUGUCAUAAAAUUCUUAACUGGUCACCUCUACAAAAUCUGCUCACAAAGGCCUUACAUAUUUAACCCACUUAGAACAGAGUUGAACAAAAAUGUCUUUCUGAUGUAAACAAAAGGUAAUCUUUUCCAUAACGUACGUAUAUGCCAUUUACAAUAUCAAUCCACUCUUGUAUUGUGGGGGCUUCAGGAAGUAACCAAAUCAGAAUUCCAGACAGGUAUUUAUCAGGCUGAAAAUCAACAUUUCCAAAAAAUAAUGUUGUAAAUUGCAAAGGCGGCUUCUAAUGUUUUAUGGAAUUCUAUCCAGAAGGGCUUUAUCACUAGAUAAGUUAUUAUCUGCUAUGCAUGGGUGCAACACAGGUCAACAAGGGGGUUAUCUUACGGGCCCAACGUGAUUAUCUUGUACCUGAGGCAGUAUCUUUGAUGCACAAUACAGUAACCAGGUGAGAAAAACUUCACCUGCAGUUGUGCAGAUUUUUAUUCUGUUCUUGUGCAUAGAAUAAAAAAAGUCAUAAAUUGAAGUUAGUCAUGAAGUAAAAGAAAACUGUGAUGCAGUUGUCUUGUAAGACUUUGGUAAUGUAAAUAUUUUGCGUGAUGAUAGCAAGAUGAAUAUUUUGUGUGCACAAGUACCAUUGAUUGAUCUAUUUGACUCAUCAGAUCUCUUGGUUGUCCUGGUUCCCCUUUUGAGUCAAUCUGAGUCCACAUGCAACCUGAUUUACUCAACGCUGUAAUGAUUUUCCCUCUGAAAUGGUGGAGGAAGUUACAAUUGUCUGAAAAUCAAGCAGGAUUGGACAGGUGAUGAUGUGGUUUUGUUCGGUCCUCCUCUCAGGAUCUGAAGGGGAAGAUCCUGCUGAAGGCGAAGAAGAUCGGCGGUCUGGAGGAGAACUUCAAUGGGAUGGCUGAGGACUCUAUGACCGGAGAGGUCAGCGAUGAAGAUGAGGCGGCGGAAAUGGAGGAAGACAACCUCCACAGAGACAGUGUGCGCCGCCUGCUGAAGGUAGGUCAGGUGGUUUGACAGGCAGUGGUGAACCUCAUUGACCCAGACGGUUUAUUAUUCACAGUCUGAUGAGCCGGCCUGGUACAGAGUCAGGAUACUCUAAUUCAGGCUGAUGAUAAGACUCGGAGGCAGAUCAGGAAGAGGACUUUAAUGCAUGGAUGGAUUAAACUGGGUGACUCUGAGUACAGCCACUCCUUUUAAUGAGGAACAUCUAGUUAUGGACUUAAUUUAAUGAAUAAAGCUGGUGGAGGAACUCUUGGUUAAUUAAUGAAACCUAUGGACUUCAGAGGUCUCCAAUAAAGGACUUUUAAAAUAUAGCAUAGAGCUUGUUUUAGGACACCCCUGUCAAAUUUUUUAUAUACUAUGAAACAUUUGUUUGGAGAUAAACUUUAAAAUCAGUUAAAAAAAAGGUAUUUUGUUUCAGUUUUUAGGUUCUCUUGGCUUUAGUUUUCAGACACCCCUGCUGUCUGCUUUUAGUUACCCUUUUUUACCAGUUUCAAGGUCAUUUCUAUCAUUACAUCAGAUUAACCUUUCGUGUCUGUUUCACAGCAUCUUUUGAGAAUUGUUUAUUGGCUACUUUAAAGUCCUUUCUAGUCAGUUCUUUGUACCCGUCCCUAUUAGUUUUCAGGUGUCAUCAGCUGUCUGCUUUGAGGUACCCUGUGCUACCAAUUUCAGGGUCAUCUCUAGAAUAUAUCAAAUACAUCAACGUAUAUUAAAAGCCUUUGUGUCUUUUUUGAGGUAAUUCUAUGUAUCUGUUCACUGGCUACUUCUAAAAAUCUUCAUAUUUAGAAUUUGGUGCCUAGUCCUGUUUGCUUUUACAUACUCUAGCUGUCUGCUUUGAGGUACCCUGUAGUUGCCAAUUUUAAGAGUACCUCUGCCAUAUGUUAAAUAAACUCUUUAACCCCUCACUUACCUUUAAAUGGUUCCUUAAAGGCAUCUUUCUUCAGGAACAGUGCCAAGAUUUUUCCUAAAAUCCUUGUUUGGGGUUUAAGGUAUUUUUUUAGUUUUUAGGUACCUUUGUAGUUGGACUAAUUGCACUUUUUGAGACUUUUUUUUGAUUUUUCAAAUUUGUUUUUAGAUCAUUUUUAAAAUCUGUUUUAGAAAUCUUAAUAUCUCUUUUGUGUUUGUAAGUCCCAGUCCCAGGUAGAAGCGAGAAGACUGACUCAACAGCAGACUGACUGUUUUUCAGUUCUGAUCAGACACUAGUGCUGAGAUGUCUGUCUGUCAUGAUAGCAUGUACUGAGUUGGGGCCAGUACCAGAAAAGUACAUUAAACUAUAAUUCAUAAACAUAAGGUAACAACCGAGACCUAACAGUGAAGUGACAGCAACACGAUUGAGUUUGAGACAGUGAAAAUACAUAUGGUAUGUUGUAUCUGAACAGGUUAGCUUACGAGCUAAAGCUACUUUGCACAGAUGAAAGUUAAAACAAAGACGUUUAGCAAACUGUUAAAGCACACAAACCAUCAUCACAUGAGAAAUCCGACGCUAUGACUCCCCACAAGUUGUCCUUCAGGUUGUUAUCUUUGUAAUAUUUGUGUUUUUUAUCAAAAAGCUCUCUGUUCUCCGGCACGUAAACAAUCAGCCGGUCGGCCAUGUUGGAUAUACCGGUGAAUCAGAAGUCGCAACAACACGAAAACUGAUUGGUCAUAAGUGGACCCACAGUACAAAAAACGUUGCUGAUGUGAACGCUUGUAUUGUCAGGAUACAGGUUCAAAAGAAAUACUGACGACUGAAAAACGGUUGUGAGUCACAGAAAAAACAUCUCCUCAGGUGUCCUUAAAGGGUGGUUUUAAGGUAUCUUCAAGAGUCUGGUUUAUGGUACCUUUUUGGUAGGUUUGAAGAAACCCUUUUAAAGCUGAUUAUAAAAGUACUUAUCUGCCCGUGUUUUCAGGUCAACUAUAAGUGGUUUUUGAGUUGACCUCAAAGUCUGUUUGGAGGUUUCUGUUACUUCAUGAGAAAUACUUUUGUUUUACUGAAACAGAGUGUAAUCAGAGAGAUAAAAAAGGAUUCAAACCUAAAGAGGAGAAACUCUGGUUCUUUUCUCCCUUCUAGUGUGAUUGUUGUCACACUCUGAAAGGACGAAUCUGUUGGGCUUUCUAACCCAGCGGAAAAGGAUUGUAUAAACUUCUGUCAUCCCUCAUGAAAAAUCCAGAGGAUUGAAGGGCAGGGAGCAGACACAGGGUGUUAGAUAAGGUGAUCUGUUUACACUGUGAGAGCUAAGAGAGACAGGGACGAGCUCACCCUCCUGACACUUAGCCUGUCUGAUCUAAGGUGAACUUUUCCGAACUCAGAGACAGAAAAAAGGGAAUAUCUGUAUAUUUUCAGGCAUUUCAGAUCACACCAAAGUAGCAAAUCUCUGUUUUCUUCUUAUUUGAGCCUCAAGUGGACAAGAUGUAUGAGAAAGGAGGUAGAAUAAGGUCUUUUGUCCGCCAGACAAUGCCAGACUGGUUUGAGUAUGUAAAAGUUAUUCAGUCUCCUCGAUAUGGGAUACCCGAUGCCCUGAAAGCAGUCAUGAACCACCUCUACAGCUAAAUAUUAGAGGUCUGAUGGACCAUGGGAUUGAAAAACAGGUGAGCUGAUCUGCCCUCUGAACUCCAGCUAUGGUAAUAACAUUGAAUUUAACAGAUACAAAUGACUAAAGGGAGUUUGUUUCACAAUGUGGUUUACACAUUUAGGUCUGAUUUCUCUGGAGGUUUCAUGGCCCAGUUAGAACCCAGAGCUCUCUGGAGGGAUUAUAUCGCUUUUUACCUGGAAACAUCAACAUCCCAGGAUCUCCAGGAGAGGGCUGGAAAACAUCCUUCCUGGGAUUGUAGGCCAUGCAACUGUUUAAGUCUGAAUGUGAAUCUCCCUCCAGUGCAGCAGACGGGGUGUGCAAAGGACAGGCUGGCCACUUAGAGUCAUGUUUAUUGAUGGGCAUUUGAGAAGCUGAAACGGCACACUGGGAUGGCUGUCAACAUGGUCAUCAGAGGUGAGGCCAGCGUCGAGUCUGGCAGCGAUGUGAGCCCAGCGGUGCCUCAGCUGAUGGUUUAGGUGUCUAGCUGUAGACAGGUAGACGGGGGCAGGUCGAGUACUCUGAGCCUCAUCUGGCUGAGCCGGAUCAGCUUUCAUGUGGUUAAAGGAGGCGUGCAUGCAGCGACGCUCUGUUGCUGUUGUGUUUGGGACCGCCACACCUCUGAUCCCCACAGUCAUGGAAGCUACGCCACCUGGCAGUGCACCUGCUUCUGCUUGGCAACAUGCUGGAGUAUCACUUACCCAAUUCAAGAGGAGGUUUCAGUGCGCCCAGUGCUCCCACCCAUGACGGGAUUCCUCUGGUGGAAGAGGGUUUACCCAAUCACGCGAUGUGUUACAUUGACAGUCCGUUCACUCUUACCCUGGGCACAUUUGGUUGAUCUGAGUGAUGGUCUUAGCAUGUUUGACUGUUUAAAGAUGGAUCAUCAUAUCUGAGAGUUUUAUGACUUUUGGUGGAGUGAGGUGAAAACCUUCAUGAAGAGCAAAUGUCCAACUGCCUCAACCCCUGAACUCUGGCUGUUGUACAAUGAGAAUUAGAUAUCAGGGAGAGUGGGGUAAGUUGAGCCACCCACUGUUGUUGGGAAAAGAAAUUGAUCAUGUGACCAAAUAUUUAGGAGAUGGGCGUCAAUUCGUAGAGUCUGUGAAGGUUAGAAGCACGUGGUUAGACAUUUAUUUCCAAAAAAACAUUUUUCACUCUUCAGGUUAGCUUACGAGCUAAAGUUACUUAGCACAGAUAAAAGUUAAAAAACAAAGACAUUAAGCAAACUGUUAAAGCACACAAACCAUCGUCAUAUGAGAGAUCCGACGCUAUGACUCUCCACAAGUUGUUGUCUUUGUAAUGUUUGUGUCUUUUAUCAAAAAGCACUCUGUUCUCCAACGCCUAAACAAUCAGCCGGUCGGCCAUGUUGGAUAUACCGGUGAAUCAGAGGUCGCAACAACACACAAUCUGAUUGGUCAGAGGUGGACACAGAGUAUGCGAAACUUUAGAAAAAUCAACCAUGAUCCGAAAAAAUAAAUGCCGCAAUAUCGCAGGACGGAAAAAAGUCGCUGAUGUGAACGCUUGUAUUGACAGGAUAUGAAUUCGAAAAAAAAUAUUGACAUCCGAAAUAAUCGCACGACAAAAACGGUCACUUUAAAAGUGAAUUUAGUCUGUCAUUAGUUUUAUUAGAAUGGGUUCAGACCAAAAAAGAUUUUAUUUUAAAAUUUACACAUCAGUUGUGGUAUCUAUGAGCUACAACAUUAGGUCAAAAACCUAGCAUCAACUGACUCCAUACAUGUGUUAAGUUAUGCUAUAUCAUCAAGACAGUUAUGUUAACACUCAUUCUGUUGGUUUGCAGGGAUGCACAACAUCUUAAAAUAUAUGCAGAUGUACUAGUUAGAGACAAAACUAUGAUUGCCUUGAUGUAGUGAUCCAAAAUAUGAAAAAAUGGCCCAGCUUACCCCACUCUCCCCGAAAGUAUGUGGACAGUUUUGGCCUUAUGUCGCCAUGAAAACAGACUUUCAUGUCAAUGAAAACAGAUGUUUCAGAAAACACCUUCUCAGGUGGAGAUUUUUCUGUAUUAAUGGUGGCAGCAAAAAGCUGAAGUUUUUGGGGAAACUGACUCCAUGACCUGAACUUGUGCAAAACUAUCUCUGUUUUUAUACUAAAUCAAAUUUCUUUGUUUUUUUUAAUGGCACAGAGAAUUUAUUUAGAUACAUAUAUUUAUCAUAGCAUGUGUAAUCUAACUCCAAGGAGCUCUUUCUGUUUUUGGUGUCAGCCUUGCAAUCUUCUCAGGGGAUCAAGUCUUGCCUGACGACAGUUGAGAUCCCAGCAUGACUCAAAACCUUAAUGAGUUGAUAAAGGUUGGAUAGAAGGAUGGAUCGGUGAACUUUUUCUCUUUUAGUGCUGGAGUCCCAGGGGCAGCCUGGGACUCAAGAAGUGAGCGAGGGGGAAGAGAUGAGAUCUACACUAUUGAACAGUGAAGUCACAGUCAGGUGACCACUGAGGGGUCUCUGGAUUAUUUGAUUGCUGAUUAGUUCCAUCUCUUUCACUUCUGUUAAACACUUGGCGUGAGAAACAUCCUCUCCUCCUUCUUUUUUGUCUUUGUCUAUCCACAGAAGUCAAAGCAGCGCCUCUCUAAGGAGCUGUCAGAUUGCGUUGUUUACUGUAAGAGCAUCCACUUCAGUAGCUUCAAACACUCUCGGAUCCACUCCAAGUUCUAUGAGGUGGCAUCUUUUACAGAGUCCAAAGCUCGGAAACACCUGAGAGAGACAGGUGAGUAGCAAGAGGCAUGACUGCAUAUUUCAUAUUCAGUGUCUGAGCGUUUGAUAUUCUUUGGCCUUAAAUCUGAUCUGUGUCCUUCACAACAUGAAUACUGCCUGGGCACUCUGAGUAAGUCCAGGUCCACUUUAACCCUGGGUCUGUUAACAUCUCUGUUUCAGGGGUUGAAUUUGUGCACCAUAACUCCCGCCAGCUGACCAGAGUUUAUCCAAGCGGCUUCCGUACUGACUCCUCCAAUUUCAAUCCUCAGGAAAUGUGGAACGCUGGCUGCCAAAUUGGUGACUGCAACUCAAAGACAUAUCAGACAUCCAUAUUUCAUACUGUUCACCCUUUUGAUACUGCAGAGCUACAGUUUUCAGUGACUUUAAAUCUAAUAAAAAAUUACAUGUAACCUCAAAGACAAGAUAAAUGUCCUUUAACUCUAUAUCCUGAAAUGUUAUAGAUCAGUAUAGAUCAAGUCCAGUCCUGGAGGCCCACUGUCCUGGAUGUUUUGGAUGUUUCCCUGCUCCAACACACCUGAUUCAAAUAAUCAGCUCGUUAUUGAGCCAUUACAGAGCUUGAUAACGAGCUGAUCAUUUGAAUCAGGUGUGUUGGAGCAGGGAAACAUCCAAAACAUGCAGGACAGUGAACCUCGAUGACUGGACUUGAGAACCACUGUUAUAGAUUAUAACCCCAAAAAGAGAGAAAGACCUCUCUGUUGUACUUCUUAAACAAGAAACAGCUUUCUCAUUGUUCCUGUCAAAGCUCCAAUAUUUCAUGUCUUGUUCAACUAUAAUCAAUCAAUCAUACUGUUCAUGAAAACAUCACAAUACAGCUUUUUACUGUUUACAGUGAAACUGAGACUCACCACAAACACAUAAGGCAGGAUUAUGAGUAUUUCCUCUUAAAAUGGAGGAGCUUUUGGAUUAGGAGCAGCAUGGCAAACCUAAAUUCAAGACUACAAAUAUUUGUACAUAUUUUGGGGUCCUUUUAACAGGCUCAAAACCUUUGCAUGAAUUUCUUUAGCCUGCAGCAAUGUAAUCAAAGUUUAAGUUGUUGAGUUUGUCCCUUACAGGCUCAGGUUAUUGUCCAAAGUGUCAGAAAUAAUUCUAGAAAGGAUCCCUGCAGAGGUAGACCUUUUAAUUUUUAAAGAAAAACAGGUGUCACUUCACUUUCAUUUAAGUUCUUGGUAUCCAUGUCAUGUCUAGAUUAUGAUCAACCUCUUCUUGUCUUGGCUUCUUGUCUGUGCUAUCUCAAGUAAAGUGACCUAAAGCAUUGUCAAACAGGCUGUAAUGGGACACAGCUAAUAGCAACCAGUAUCUUAGCAGCACAUUGUUCCAUCUUCAAUAUUUAUGAGUAUUUUUGUUUUCCAAAUAGUUUCUCAAAGAAAUAAACCUAAGGCUUUUUUGUUUUUUUGUUCAUACAGUUGCAUUAAAUUUCCAGACCGCAGGGGAGGGGAUGGAUCUGAACGACGGGCUGUUCAGCCAAAAUGGUAGCUGUGGCUAUGUCAUGAAGCCCAAUUUCAUGAGAGUGACAGAGAAAAGAUUUGACCCUGAGACGCCUGAAAAACGAGAAGGAUACCAACCCGUGGUCUUCACUGUGCAGGUUCACAUCACAAAGAAAAGUAGACAAUAUGAAGCCCAUUGUACAUGUAAGACUCACACUGUGUGCUUGUGUUUCAGGUGAUCAGCGGCCAGCAGCUGCCCAAAGUCAACAUUAAGGAGGACUCUAUUGUGGAUCCUCUGGUGCGGGUGGAGAUCCACGGUGUUCCUGCAGACCAGAGCAAGCAGGAAACCAGAUACAUCGAGAACAACGGUAAGGGGGAUGGGGAUCUCCGGUCCCUUACUAACUGUGUAAGAAGAUAAAACAAUCCAUAAAAAAGGCGAAACUUAAGCCGAUGAAGAUUUCAUAAAUACCUCUUGGGACAUCUAUCAUUUAUCAACAACAAGGCGUGAGGGUAAAUGGUCCAAACUGAGACCGUAGAGGAAAAUAAAGCUGUGUGUCAUCUGUGUAACACAUAAUCCAGAACUGGAUAGUUGAUAAACAUAAAUGAAAAAAGUGGAGGAUCAAGGACAGGGCCCUGCAGUAUCCCACAGUUCAGCAAACACAAAAACAGGCAGACUACUGAAAAAUAGCUCACAGACUUGCAAACAGGGUUGCCCCAUUUAAUCCAACUGUAUAUAAAAUGGGUUUACUUGUUUUUGAGCAGGAUGUGUGCUGAUGUUGUCUGGUUUCUGCACCCUGCAGGGUUCAACCCCGUGUGGUAUGACACUCUUCGUUUUAAGAUUCACACCCCUGAGCUGGCCAUGGUGCGCUUUGUGGUGGAGGACUACGACAAGACAUCUAAGAAUGACUUUGUAGGGCAGUAUACGCUCCCUCUGAGCUGUAUGCAGCAAGGUAAGGCCAGGAAGGGUUGUGUUACCUACUUUGACAGCGAAACUGGAACAUGCCGAAGGAGAUGAAAAUGAAGCAUGUGUUAAAACCUACCAUAGCCAUUGGAAGAGAAACUCAUAAAUACAAAACCCAAUUCCACUGAAGUUGGGAAAUUGUGAUAAACGUAAAUAAAAACAGAAUACAAUGAUUUGCAAAUCCUUUUCAACCUACAUUCAAUUGAAUACACUACAAAGACAAGCUAUUUAAUGUUCAAACUCAUAAACUUUAUUUUUUUUUUUUUUGCAAAUAAUAAUGAACUCAGAAUUUCAUGGCUGCAACACGUGACAAAGUAGUUGGGUCAGGAUCAUGUUUACCACUGUGUUACAUCACCUUUCCUUUUAACAACACUCAAUAAACGUUUGUGAACUGAGGAGACUAAUUGUUGAUGCUUUGAAAGUGGAAUUCUUUCCCAUUCUUGCUUGAUGUACAGCUUCAGUUGUUCAACAGUCCGGGGUCUCCGUUGUCGUAUUUUAAGCUUCAUAAUGCGCCACAUAUUUUCAAUGAUAGACAGGUCUGGACUGCAGGCAGGCCAGUCGAGUACCCGCACUCUUUUACUAUGAAGCCACGCUGUUGUAACACGUGCAGAAUGUGGCUUGGCAUUGUCUUGCUGAAAUAAACAGUGGCGUCCAUGAAAAAGACGUUGCUUGGAUGGCAGCAUAUAGAAGCCGGCGGCUUUUCUGGAUAUUGUUGAUAAAUGGUUUUCGUUUUGCAUAGUAGAGUUUUAACUUGCACUUACAGAUGUAGCGACGAACUGUUUUUACUGACAGUGGUUUUCUGAAGUGUUCCUGAGCCCAUGUGGUGAUAUCCUUUACACACUGAUGUCAGUUUUUAAUACACUACAAAACACUUUUGAUACUGAGGGAUCGAAGGUCACAGGCAUUCAAUGUUGGUUUCUGGCUGUGGCGCUUACAUGCAGAUUCUCGGAACCUUUUGAUGAUAUUAUGGAACGUAGAUGUUGAAAUCCCUAAAUUCCUUGCAAUUCUACUUUGAGAAACGUUGUUCUUAAACUUUUAUGAGUAUUUGCUCACGCAGUUGUUCACAAAGUGGUGAACCUCGCCCCAUCCUUGCUUGUGAAUGACUGAGAAUUUCUGCUCACCUGUGGGAUGUUCCAAAUAGGUGUUUGAUGAGCGUUCCUCAAAUUUCUCAGUUUUUUUUGCCACCUUUCCCAACUUUUUUGUCACGUUUUGCUGCCAUCAAAUUCUGAAGUUAAUUAUUAUUUGCAAAAAAAGAAUAACGUUUAUGAGUUUCAACAUUACAUAUCUUGUCUUUGUAGUGUAUUCAAUUGAAUAUAGGUUGAAAAGGAUUUGCAAAUCAUUGUAUUCUGUUUUUAUUUACGUUUAUCACAAUUUCCCAACUUCAGUGGAAUUGGGUUUUGUACUUUUCUACCGACAGUGGAGUGGAGAAUUACCAAAGACAGAUGAAUAGGAAGCCCCUGUGACUUAUCAAUAAUAGCAAAUUUGACACUAAAGCAGAUGAACAGGAAACCACUUAUAACUUACUAUGUACAGUGAAACAUGGAGUCACCAGCGACAAAUAAACUGCCCUCCUCUGGGGAUGUGAUGAACAUGUGAUAUUUUUAUGUAUGUCUAUGUAACUGUAGCAGUGAAGGCAAGGUCUGGGAGCUGUUUAUUGCAAAUGGCAAUAGGGAAAUAACUUCUUUCUUGUAAUUUUGUCUUCUGUUUUCAGGUUACCGUCACAUCCACCUUUUGUCCAAAGAUGGAACCAGUAUUCCUCCUUCCUCCUUAUUUGUUCACAUCAGGAUCACAGAGCUGGAAUAA